AUGGCGGCGAGCCUUCAAUCUUCUAUUCAAACCGCGAGCAUUAGAGUACCAGUCACACUCCACGUGCCUCCGCAGAGGCUAUCCCUGCCAAACUCCUUUCUCCCGCCUCUCUCUCCCCGCUUCUCUCGCCAUGCUGACCGAUGCGCGGACGCGCGGGAUUCGCAGCGAGAUGCACUGCACGGUUUACAGAAAGAUCGCGCUGGCGGCGCGAAAACCGCAGCGCGGAUGCAGUUUGGCGAGUUCGGAGAGUUCGAGCAUGUCGAGUCAGCGUUUGACUACGCUGACGAGGAGUUUUCUCGCGCCACCGUGCUCGAAGCGACGAGUGUCAGCAGCAGCGGCGACGCGCUUCUAGUCGGCAUGACGGACGGCAUAUCGUUCAAGUGCUCGCACAACCUCAUGGACGGGAUUCGCCUCCCCGAAUACCCUGCGCAGCCGGCAGCUGUUCUUAAACUCGAAGACGGCUCGCGCAUCCUCCUCCCCAUCCUCAUACCGCACCUCUCGAGCCAAAUGCUCAUUGACUCGGUGCGCGGCGUGCCUCUGGCUCGGCCAACGGUGUACAUGCUAAUGCGAGAUAUGAUUGAGUUGAUGGGAUAUGAGAUCAGUUUGAUUCGCAUCACCCAUCGAGAUGGGGAUGCCUACUGUGCCCGGGCCUACCUUUCCAAGGUGCCUUCUGAUAGUAACACCGCCAGCAGCAGCAGCAGCGGGCCUGCCAUGAUGAGUCUGGACAUGCGGCCGUCUGAUGCCAUCAACCUAGCAGCACGCGCCAAGGUGCCGAUUCAGGUGCGGAAAUCCCUGGCGGUGGCGGACGGAGUGCGGAUAGUCGGGAUGGUGCGGGCGGCAGUGGCACCUGGGCAUGGUGGGCGGCUGCUGAGACGGCAGCCGAGAGUGGUGCUGACGUCAGAUGACAAGCCAGAUUUUGAGGACUUAUCACUGGCGGACGAGUUUGCGUUGGUGAGGCUGAUGGAGGAAGCAGCGCAGCACGAGCGAUACGGCGAUGCAGCGAAGAUCAAGGACCAGCUGACGAAGCUGCGCCGGAGAACCAACAAGUAUCAUAGCGGCAUUACCCUGCGGCAGCCUGCAUCAGCAGUGCGACGAGCGGCAGCACCACCAGCAGUUGAUGCCAUGUCGGACAGGCUCGCUCCGGACAAGCGGUUCAAGUUCGUUCACAACGGCCAAACCGUCUAUGAGUGGGACCAGACAGUUGACGAGAUAGAGAUUUUCGUUCCGCUGCCCGAAGGAGUGCCCGCGAAACUGUUCACAUGCCAAAUAUCGCAACGGCGUGUCACAGUCGGCAUCAAGGGCAACCCCCCUUACUUAGAUCACGACCUAGCUGGGGCUGUGAAGGUGGACGACAGCUUCUGGACCAUUGAGGGCACUGAGCUUCACAUCUCGUUGCAAAAGGCCGAACGAGGCAAGCCGUGGCCGGGUGCAAUCAAGGGGCACACUUUGGAUGCUUUCUCUGCGGACCAGGAGUCGAGACGGCUCAUGCUGGAGCGGUUUCAAAUAGAGAAUCCAGGGUUUGACUUCUCUGGUGCAGAGCUCACAGGAUCCUGCCCCGACCCAGCAGCGUUCCUUGGUGGCAUGCAAAGGCAGUGA